ACGGGAUCUGCUUCUCGUCGGCGGCUAACCAAAUUCUCUGGGAGGUUUUGCUCGAACGGAAAAAAGGAAGACAUGGGUCAAGCUCAGAGUAACGAGAACUCUGCGUCAUCUGAAAUUCCAACGACGACGAAGGCUACUCCUCCUCCUCCUACGAAUUCGCCGCGGCCCUCUGAUGGCGAUGAUACUUCGUCGUCUCCGAUGGGUUCUCUCCUUGCAGAAGUUGCAGCAUAUGGUGAGGAUGACAAUGAGAAUGAGUCGCUUGAAGAAAAGGCACAGAGAGCACUCGAUUGUCCUUGCGUAGCGGAUCUGCGUAAUGGACCUUGCGGCUCUCAGUUCACCGAGGCAUUCCUUUGCUUUCUCAAGAGCACUGCAGAAGAAAAGGGAUCAGACUGUGUACAUCCAUUUGUGGCACUGCAAAGCUGUAUCAAAGCCAACCCAGGUGCAUUCUCUAAAGAGGUUCUAGAGGACAAAGAAGAUACCGAGAAAAAGGAAGAGCAGCAGCCUGUGAAAGACCAUAGAAUCAUCCCUCCUCUAUGGGCAAAGGACCCGCCUCGCAGUGGCGAAUCCAAGCUUUAGAAGAUCAACAACAAUGGAGUCUGCAUAAGAAGCUAUUCUUUUCUCUUUUGAUUCUUCUCUUCGGACAACAGAGUGAAGAAAGUAAAAGUAACCAUAUGUUGUAAAAAGAGAUCAUAUUACUCUUUUUUUUUAAUGAAAGUUGAGAUUUUUAGUUCGUUAA